GAACAGGAACUGUAGUUCGCCUCGCUUUUUGCCGCGUUGGACUUGGACCGACCGGCUGAGCCUGGGGAUGGCUGACUCUGCGAGCUUGCGAGUGCAGCUGUGCACGGAACAGUUCGGUUCCCGAGCCCCGCGCGGCUGCCACGCCGCCGCCGACGGGAGCCUGCAGUGGGACGGGGCUCGGCGGUGGGGCUGGCUCUCCGGAGCCCCGACAGCGAAACCCGGGCAGGACGCGGGUGGAGGCGGGGGGCGCUGGGCAGCGCUGCCCGUUCUUUCGGGCCUCAGAGCUGUGCUGCUGCCUCAGGGCUUCCCAGAUAGCGUCAGCCCGGACUACCUGUCCUAUCAGCUGUGGGAUUCCGUGCAGGCUUUUGCUUCCAGCCUCUCCGGCUCCCUAGCCACCCAGGCUGUACUGCAGGGCUUAGGGGUAGGCGACGCAAAAGCCUCUGUUUCAGCUGCCACGUCCACCUGGCUCCUGAAAGAUUCCACUGGCAUGUUGGGCCGCAUCGUCUUCGCCUGGUGGAAGGGGAGCAAAUUGGACUGUAAUGCAAAGCAGUGGAGGCUCUUUGCUGACGUCCUCAAUGAUAUAGCCAUGUUCCUGGAGAUUAUGGCUCCCAUGUACCCAAUCUUUUUCACCAUGACUGUCAGUACCAGCAACCUAGCCAAGUGCAUUGUGGGUGUGGCUGGUGGGGCCACUCGAGCCGCACUGACCAUGCACCAGGCCCGAAGAAACAACAUGGCUGAUGUGUCAGCCAAGGACAGCAGCCAGGAGACCGUGGUGAACCUAGCAGGGCUCCUGGUCAGCCUUUUGAUGCUUCCUCUGGUGUCCAGCUGCCCCAGCCUCAGCCUUGGAUGUUUCAUCCUCCUGACGGCUCUCCACAUCUACGCCAACUACCGAGCAGUCCGAGCCCUCGUCCUGGAGACCUUGAAUGAAAGCCGGCUCCAGCUAGUCCUAAAGCACUUCCUUCAGAGGGGAGAAGUACUUGAGCCUGCUUCAGCCAAUCAGAUGGAGCCAUUGUGGACAGGUGACCCAACCCUUUGGUCUCCUGUCCCCUGUCUCCCAGCCUUCCUCCUCUGCCUGAGCAUUCUGACUACAGCUUCCUACAGGUUUCUGGCCAUCCCUGUCUCUGUCCCUGGGUGUUCCCUUACACCACUUGGUCUCCAGACUAAAACAGCCCUCAGCCUCUCCUGUGGAUAGUGGUGAUGCAGAAACUCAUGGCCACCCAAGGUGCACAGAAUAAAUGGAGGGUGUAGACCUUCCUUACCAGUCACUUACACCAUCCCUUCUAAGACUCAUGGAAAAUUGUGGAAUAAGGGGCAGGAAGUAUGUAAGAUCUGGAAAAUAGGGUAAAGAGCUCUGAAAUACCAUUUUCUACACUUGGUAUGAUCUGGUUCACUUUUUUGCUAUCAUAAACACCAUGACCAGAAGCAACUUGGGGAGGAAAGGGUUCGUUUGGCUUGUACUUCUAGGUCACAAUCAAUCAUUGAGGAGAGUCAGGGCAGGACUAAGAAGCCAUGCUGUUUUCUAGCUCACUCAUGCUCAGCUAGCUUUUUUACGCAACCCUGCCUGCCUGCGUAAGGACAGUGUCACCCAUAGUGGGCUGGUCCUUUCCAAACCAGUCAUCAAUCAAGACAGUAUCUCACAGACAAAUCCAAAGUCCAGCUUGGCCAAGGCAACUCUUCGGUUGAGGUCCCUUCUUUCCGGUGACUCUAGGUUGUGUCAAGUUGCCAAAAACUAAACACCACACAGUAUAACCAGUGCAGUCGUUAACUCACAGCUAAAACCACCUGCACUAAACCCACACCAGCCAGCCAAGGAGGAGGAUCGCUAUUAACGGGUUCUGUGAGAAGGGAAAAUCACUGUCUUUAGUCAUGUAUCCACUGCUGAGCCCACCAGGCUUUAACUAUAGCUCCAAGUUCCCGGUCGUAAAGAAGGCCGUGGUUUAAUCUCAGUGGGCCACACAACAAAAUAAAUAGCAAAUAUGAGAGAGAGAUUUGCGGGGAGAAGGGAGAUGGAGAGGGGUGGGAGGUAUGGGGAGGGUUUAACUGAUCAGUAUGCAUGGUGUGCGUGUACAAAACUAAAUAAUGAUUUCAGCAAGAGAUGCUUCCAGAUGAAGGGAGGGUAGUGCAUGGAGAGAUGGAGGACCGUGUAGAGGACGGAGAAGGUGCGGGAGUGGGGCAAAGUAAUAGCUAGGAAGAAAUGGGCAGUGGGCAGAAGGGCAGUGGCAAGCGGAGCGUUACAGCCGCGGCGUGACCGAGCGGGUCCCCCGCCCGCCCGCUCCCCCUGCCCCAGUGCGCUCCUCUCUC